UGAACGUAAUAUUAAAUUGACUUAUCUGUAUUGUUAAUGUGUUUUUAUUUUGGAAGACUUAUGUAACUCACGCUGUAAUGUUUAUAAAACGUUGAAUGAUAUAUAGCCAUUCUGUUUUGUGUUGCGCAUAUUAGAAUUCACGCAUAUUAGAAGUGUUUUAUUCUGAAGGGUUCUCGUCUAGUCAUAUGAAGUGGGUAGCGGUCAUGUGAUUUGCCCCAUUCAAGAUGGCUUUCAGUAGAGUUCAAUAUUGUUUUGGAGCUUUUGCUAUUCGUGAUUUGGCAGUAUUUUUAUUGUUUUGUGUGUCGGUUCGAGCUGAAAUUCAAAGUGUAAUCCUUAAUAAAGAAAGUGAACAACUAGUAGUCGUGGAUGGAUUUCGUGAAGACUUUGUCGCCUGGGCAAAUUUCACCGACCUCAUCAAAACUACAGGAUGGUCUUUCUUGGAGGUCACCACCAACAGUCAGUACAAUGACAGCAUCCAGGCGUAUGCAGCUGGUGCAGUGGAGGCAACUGUCACUUCUUCGCUCAUAUACAAACAUUGGAUGAACACCCUAAUGGGCUACUGUGGGCCUUUUAAGGCACAAUCAGACUACUGUGACCGUCUGAAAUAUUACAUCAAUACAAACCUGCUGUGGGUCCAAGAUCAAAUAGAGAAGCAACCAAAUUCUACCUAUUGGUAUCAGGUACGUCUUGCACUGUUGCAGCUUAAGGGUUUGGAAGACAGUUACAAUGAUGAACUAUCUUUUCCUUUGGGACCAAUAUCAUUUAAUCCCCUUGGAUUUAUGCUCUUCCAAAUGGGUGGAGACCUUGAGGAUUUGGAGGCUGCUUUGAACAAGUCCAGUAAAACUCGGCCUCUUGGAUCUGGCUCCUGUUCUGCUUUGAUUAAGCUGCUUCCAAACAACAAAGAUCUGCUUGUAUCACAUGACACCUGGAACACUUACCAGUCCAUGCUACGCAUUAUUAAGAAAUACAUAUUUCCCUUCAGAACUUCUCCUUUAGAUGAUGAACGAAUUCCAGGAGGAACACAAAUGUUCUCAUCAUAUCCUGGAUCAAUAUUUUCUGGAGAUGACUUUUACAUACUAAGUAGUGGCUUGGUCACACUGGAAACGACCAUUGGCAACAGUAAUCCUGCUCUAUGGGAUUUUGUUCAACCCACUGGAACAGUGAUGGAAUGGCUUAGGAAUACUGUAGCAAAUCGGAUAGCUUCUACUGGCAAGGAGUGGGCUGAAAUGUUCAGCCAAUACAACAGUGGAACAUACAACAAUCAGUGGAUGAUUAUAGAUUAUAAACACUUCACCCCUGGUAAAACUAAUCAAGAUGAGAAACUCUUUGUUGUGCUAGAGCAGAUUCCAGGAAUGGUGGUGUAUGAGGAUAAAACUCAGGAACUGAUGAAGAAAGGUUACUGGGCCAGUUAUAAUAUUCCGUAUUACUCCAAGAUAUUUAAUGCAAGUGGCUGCAAUGAGCUUGUUGACAAGUUUGGUCCAUGGUUUUCUCAGGACAAAAAUCCUCGGGCUCAAAUCUUUCGUAGAAAUCAAACUGCAGUGACAGACAUUGAAUCAAUGGUCCGCCUCAUGAGAUAUAACAACUUCAAAGAAGACCCACUAUCAAAAUGUGAAGCCUGUGAUCCCCCAGCAAAUGCAGAGAAUGCAAUCUCAGCGCGCUCAGACUUAAAUCCUGAAAAUGGCACAUAUCCUUUUGGCGCUUUAAGGCAGAGACAGCAUGGAGGAACAGACAUGAAGCUGACCUCAUAUCAAAUGUACCGUGACUAUGGCAUGCUGGCCAUAAGUGGGCCCACAUGGGACCAGGUUCCCCCUUUCCAGUGGAGCACCUCUCCAUAUAAAGACUUAUUGCACAUGGGCCAUCCAGAUAAAUGGACAUUCAGUCCAAUAAAAGUGACCUGGAAAUCUUAAUGUUGCACUGAUAAGAAAGGGGCCAUGUGAGCAGAGCAAUGCAAUGAAACCCAAGGAAAACGAUUGUGUUCCCAUAAUAUGAACGUGACUGUUUUACACAAAAGGAGACCCUGUUCGAUGCUGCUUUUUUUUUUUUUUCCAUUUAUACCACCAAGUUAUUUGAGUGAUUUUUUGUGUUGAAACAUGUCAAAUAUUAUAAAACAAUGCACUGUAUGUUUUAGACUUUCUAAAUAAAGAAGUGAUUUUAA